UUUGCAGGUCUCCGAACUCCUGGAGUGCAUUCUUGCCGAGGUGGAUGGAAAGAGACCUCUGGCGAGACUGGCACGAGUCUGCAAGUGUCUGAAAGAACCUUCGCUCAACGCACUCUAUGAAAAUGUCGACAACCUCGAAGACUUUGUCCGUUGCACAGGCGAUGAUCUCUGGGCCAAUAAGGGGAUGAACUCAGAUGAUAGGGGACAGAUUCCUCGGGUACGUUCUCUCGCUGGUGUCCAGUACCUGGAUGGAUAUCCUGACCCGGUGCCAAACCUCGACGGGUUAUGAUGGUCACGUCAAAUGCAGGGAUUUCGACGCGAAAUGACUCACGGAGACUGGAACAUCCUGGCAUCGUAUGCUGCUCGCGUCCUCAGCAUUGAGCACUCUUUCGACCGUGGUGGAUUUAACGCUGGCAUCAUGCCUGACGUCUAUCUCGCCCUCACCAAACGUCAUCCUGCAUCAGCCGACCCCCUGUUCCCGAAGCUACGCAGACUGAGGCUAACCAACCCGAACGAGAUAUUUCACCUGCCUAUGAUGCGUGCCGUCUUACUUGGUCCCGAACUUCGUCAUCUCUACAUCGAACACUGCCUUAUGUCUCCGGCACUAUUCUUUCUUGAUAAUCGUGACCAAAUCAGGUCAGGGACAUCAGAAGGCAAGGAACCCAAGCAUCGCUUAGACAAGACCUGCCCGAUGCUGGAGACAUUACAUCUUGACUUUGGUUCGUGGUGGUAUAUGCACGACGAGCCUAUUUCCCAGAUUUUCUUUACGCUCUCCCGGCUUCAGCAUCUGCGCGAUGUCAAAUGCGGACCAGUCAAUGAAGCGCUGCUAACGCUCCUUCUAAAUAAUCGUCAAAUCAACUCCUUGGAUAUUUUGGUACCUGACCAUACGUCUUGGCUUUCAACCUCAACCUCGAACCACAUCUACCGCCAUUUGCCAGCGUCCUUGACGAUGACGGCCGAUAGCUAUGAGACUAUGGAACGAGCAAUCAAGACCUUGAUCCGCACGCAUACAUGGACCAAUUCUAGCAGCUUUUCUAGCAUCAACCUCCGUUUCUCUCAGUAUCGCCCCUCUAAACCUCUCGAGCUCGUCACGGAAGCCCUGGCCUCUUGCUCUUCCGCUUCUCGUCUGACAGACGUUGAGAUCAAUCAUCCCUGCUUCUUUGAGGAAGAUGAUUUUGACCCGGACGAAGAUGGUGAUCUGCCCGCUAUCCACUACUCUGACCUCCAGCCGUUGGAGUGUCUUGGCCAUAUGACGAAACUCAGUCUCUCGUUUGGUACCAUCUCCAUACUGCGUCAGGAACCUUCUCAACUGCUGGCUCUCCUGGGGCAUUGGCCUCUGCUUAGGUCCCUUGAAGUUCACCCUUUUUCGCUGGAUGUUCCAAGACUCAUAGCCGUUUUACGACUACUGCCAGAAUUGGCAUAUCUGAACAUCGACAUCAUCGUGCAGGGUGCCGACUUCAAACGCCUUCCGCAGAAACAUGCAUAUGCUACGCUGCCGGUAAACUCCCGCAUUCGGGACUUGUCUGUUUCUCUCAAUCCAUCGUCUAGCAGCGAACUGGAUUCCUUCGCUCGCUUCUUGGCUCAUUCUCUGCCUCUUUGUCUCCCUGCAAUCGAAUUUGCAGGAGAUUGGCACCCUAGCAAGGCCGACUACUGGAACAAGGUCGCCGAAGUCGUGCGCGCGGACUCCCUUCGGUAGAAAGAGAUGACGCCCUGCUGAGUAUCGAGUAUUUUUUUUAGAAUAAGCGUAGCUACUACUAUGCACGAGUAUCCGAGUCGAAGACUUGUAUCUGGAGUUCGGAGAGAGCCGUACACCUUGUUAUGGUCCUCUGCUGACUUUUGAGUCUUCGAACAUGCUCAUUGAUGUCGCAGAGUAUCAGUGGAGGAGGAUGUUCGGACCGACCUGCCUCAAGAUCGCGAGCAGGCAGUCAUGAGGCAUUGGGUUAGGGCUCAUAGGCUCGGUACCUGUAUUCCCUGUUCGUGAACUACUAUCCCCCCGCUAUAUAACAUCAUCUUGUCGUCG